GGUCGGUUUCUAAACCCUGGCGAUCUUGUGGAGAUAGAAUAUCCAUCAAGCGAGCGUGAAAGCAUUAUUGCUGUCUAUGUCCGCCGCUGCGGUUCCACCAUGGGUCAGUUCUUCACCAUGAAUGGAAGGUGGAUGCACUUGGACCAGAAAGCGGCACAAUACAGCAUUUCUGGCUUCGUCGACGCGAAAGAGCUUGAGCCAAUCUUGGAGUAUCUGCCCAAUGUUCAAAGCAGAGCAGACUUGGAAGACCUUAGGGCGAAGGCCAUGGUUGACGAUCUGUCUGUACCUCGUCCCGUAGCAGCACCACUGGUUCGAAAAUUAACAGGCUUCUACAACGAAGCGCAGGAGAUAUAUCGCCGCCAUGCUAAUGCUUUGGACAAUGCGCACAACCUCCUCGCUCACGAGACAGACUUGCGCUACGGCUCGCUCGAAUCUGCUGCAAUGGCGCUCCUCAAAUUGCCUGCCGACAAGCUGCCAAUGACCGCACUGUUCACACAGGUCAGAAUGGUGGAGCAGGUACGUAACUGGAUUCGCCAAUGGCAAGACGAUCUUGCGAUCACACCAGGUAUGAACGGACGGCAAGCGGACAAGCACAAGCCCAGCAAGGGCGCUCGCAUUCUUUACAGCUUCGUCGAGAAGUCGAAGCAAAUUGUCGCUAUGCAACGACAGAAUCGUCAGCCUACACUGUGGCAUAACGUUGGUCCAAGCAAGACACGACUGCCUCUCACCGAGGAGAAUCCCGGCUGCGUCAGGCUCGAGACUGGUCAUCAGUUCACAGACGAUGAGCAAGACGUUAUCCGCUUCCUCGAGGCCUGGUGCUGCAGUAUGAUGUUUACCGGACUGCCUCGGAUUUCCAGUAUGCCGCCAUUGAUUCUCCAUGCUACUGGUCUCUACAAUGAUAUCGAAGGCCAGAAGAUGGACUUGACCGCUGCGACGGGUUUCAUGUUCUUGCAAGAAUUGGGUGUGGUCAUGCCCCACGACAACCGUGUCCGUUUCGAUCAACAUCUGCUGUUGCCGAGCUCUCAACACAGCAAGCCUCUUCAAAACCUCAUGGCCAGCCUGAUGGCCAUGCGAGACAAUCACAACUUGCGCGACUCUAUGUCCCAGCUUCGACACGAUUGGAAGGAUCUCCCUGUCUACUGCGUUGACGAUGCUUCUGCACAAGAGAUUGACGACGGCAUCUCGGUUGAGAAGGCAGUUGCAGGCUCCGAUGGCCAAGAGCUGCACUGGUUGCACAUCCACAUCGCCAACCCCACAGCAUUCUUCUCACGGGACCAUCCCUUGGCUAAGAUGGCCAGACACAUGGGCGAGACCAUCUAUAUGCCAGAACGCAAUUACAUGAUGUUGCCAAGGUGGGCGACGCAGAGACACUUCAGCUUAGGGCCUAACAGACCAUGUCUUACCUUCAGCGCUAAGCUUGACUCACAAGGCAAUACAUUGGAGUACAAAGUCCAGCCUGGCAUUGUCCGAAAUGUGAUACGGAUUACUUACGACGAGCUCAACAAGCUACUGGGUGCAGCGGAGGACGUCGGUGUGAAUGCGAUCUUCAUCAAUGUCAAUGGAACUCCUCCGCCAUCCCGUGCACAAAAAAGUGGAAUCUCAGAGUUUGGUGAAGCGAAUAUGAACGACAUGAAGAUUAUCCACUAUCUUGCCCGUCAAAGAUCCUUGAUUCGAAAACGUGGAGGCGGUGUCUUCUUCUCAACCCCGAAGCCAGAGGCAACAGUAUGGCAGAUCUCAAAGCAGAGUGGUCUAGCCUGGGAUCAGCCCUACAGAAAAGGCUCAAGGACUGUUUACGGCGAUCCUGUUGUUCAAGUGCGCACUGAACCAUUCACAAAUUGGUUCGCCGCUGCAACCGUUUCCUCGCAACUUUUCGUCGCCGAAGCUAUGUUGCUUUGCGCCGAAAUUGCGGCUUCCUUCUGUGCCGAGCGCAACAUCCCCAUCAUCUAUCGAGGCUCCGAAACAGUCGCAGACGCAAAUUAUGUUGACGUGGAUGCCAUGCAAAAAGUCUUGAAAGCUCAAGAACUUCUCAACUCCAACCAGGACCUCCCACUCCACAUAGGCCUCGCAUACAUGAAAAGUUUCGGCGGCAGCAUCCUCCGCACAUACCCCGUCAAACACAGCAUGUUGGGCAUGGAACGCUACGCCAAAGUCACCUCCCCUCUCCGCAGAUACGGCGACAUGAUCAUCCACUGGCAAAUCGAAGCCGCCCUCCGCCACGAAGCCGAAACCGGAAAAUCCAUGCUCACAACCGACCCUAAAUCCGACCGCUCAUUCCUCCCCUUCUCACUCCCCAUCCUCCAAACGAUCAUGCUCGGCCUCCAACCCCGCGAAGUCAUGAUCAUGCGCGCGAAAGAGUAUUCCGAAAGGUUCUGGCAAAUCUACACUAUGUUUCAUAAAGUCAGAUUCGGAGCUAAUACACCCGAAGGCUCUCUGGGGGAUUUGCUCAAGAGUUUGGAUCCGACUUCUGAUGGUGAAACAUUCAGGGUGUUUGUUCAGACGAGACCUGAUAUUGAUAAUCAAACGAAUGUGGGAGUUCAUAUUAUGGAACUGGGUCUGCCGAUGUCGAUGAUAAGGCCUGAGAAUUGUCCGCGUGUGGAGGAUGGCGUCGUUGCUAGGCAGGGAGAUGUUUGGGAAGCGAAGAUGAAGUAUGUGGACGUUUAUCCGCGGAAUGUUGUUGUGGAGCCUGUUAGGUUGGUGGGAAGG